AUGCCUCUCCUGAACUUCUAUCUGUUGCGCUUGAAGGACGAUAUCCAACCCCACACCUUCCUCGCUCACCUCCAGAAAGCCGACCCUUCCACCAAAGUGAUAGUCGCAUCAAAGCCACGCCACUUUGUUGUCAAGACCAACAUUCAAGAUGCUGAUGUCUUGAACAAACCGUGGGACUUGAUGUUGCUUCUCCAGGGAUCUAAGAAUUCACUCCCGGAUUCUGUCUCACAGCACAUCUCCUCCAAAUACACCCUUCCUGUGGGUAUACCGUCGAAGCUACUGUCUGCAUAUCCCGAGAAGAAUGCAAGACUCAUCAAAGAAGCUCCAUCCGCUGGCUUGACGGGCUCGCUGGACAGCCCAAAAAUGCCCGACUCGAGCCAGAAGUUAGAGCUGUCGCCUGAUAUGUUGGAGUUCAUGGAGCAACUGCUCAAAGAACAUGAUGGACCCGUCACCAUGUUGAAUCUACUGAAGUUCAAACCUGAUGGUAAACAAAGCUACUACCAGUACGGACAGAACUUCAUUAAAGUGGCAGGGAAACGAGGCGGAGAUGCAAAGAUUGUGGGAAAUGUUGUUGCUGCUGCUGAUGGUGAGAAGAGUGGGUGGGAUGAGAUUGCCAUUGUGCAUUAUGCUAGCAUCAAGCAUUUCUGUGAUAUGCUUGCUGGCGAGGAUUACCAGGCUAUCAAUGAGAAGUUCAGACUUCCGUUUGGUGUCAUGAAGACAAAGGCUAAGCUGUAG